GAUAAUUACGUCUAUGUUAUGAUUAUGAAAAUGAAUCCAGCUUAAACAAUAAGAAGUCACCGUUGAAAUGUCAGCCAGGCGUUGAUUUGAGCGAGGAAUUACCAAGAAGAAGGAUUGGAAUUUAAAUAAUUAAUCAACCAAUCAGAAGAAAGGAAAGUUCAGUGUUGAAUUAUUUGUGAGGUAUUGAUGCGGUAUGCCGAUUGACGGUGUUACCAAGGUUACGAAAUCAAAAGGUGUUCGAAUGAUACGCAGACAUAGAAGUCAUACAGAAGGCUCGGAACGUUUGAGUGGAAUGAAUCGUUUUAAAGAUGACGUGGAGAAUGAAGGGCUGCCACCUGUCUUCAGAGAUCGUUUGUAUGAUUUAUUUGGUCAGAUAGAGAAAGAAUUUGAAACGCUCUAUUCAGCUAAUUUAGUUUUACAAGAGCGUGUGGACACUCUAAAUGAGAAGUUAGAUAUCAGUAGUACCUCAGAUAAUAAACUAGUUGAUGCCCAGGAUACUCCUGAUCUCGGCCAGAAACCAAAACGCUCUGCCAGUCAACUGUCCCAGAGAAUAAAAUCCACAUACAAAGUCUCCACCAGUAAAAUAGUUUCUAGUUUCCGAACUCCCACAUCUUCGUUAACCUAUGUGAGGUCAUAUCAAGGUCAUCGAGAUGGCGUGUGGGAGGUCAAGGUCUCUCAUACUGACCCCCAUGUUAUUGGAACAGCCUCCGCAGAUCACACAGCGAGAUUAUUUUCUAUUGAGACUGGACAAUGUUUAUUACGAUACACCGGACAUCAAGGCUCAGUAAAUUCCAUCAGAUUUCACCCUGAUAAAGAAUUGGUAUUAACAGGGUCUGGAGAUGAACGCGCCCAUAUUUGGAGUUGUCAUGUGACCACACCGUCACAUGUUGAUAAUAUGAAAUCUCAUUCCUCUGGAGAAGAUGAUCUAGAAGGUUCAGAAAAGGAAGAAAUGAAUGAAGAUACAGACCAAGUAGUAGACUCGGUAACACAGCGAUGUCCAUUGGUCGAAUUAACUGGUCACACGGGUGUAGUUAUAGCAGCUGAUUGGAUGGCAGAUGGAGCUCAAGCUAUCACUGCAUCAUGGGAUAGAACAGCUAUUUUACACGAUACAGAAUCAGGGGAGAUAAUAAAUACUCUAACUGGACACGAUCAAGAAUUAACUGAAGUUGAGGCUCAUCCAGUCCAGAGAAUGGCGGUCACUUGUUCUAAAGAUACAACGUUUAGAUUGUGGGACUUCAGAGCUCCUGCCAUGUUGGUUAACGUUUUUCAAGGUCACACUCAGCCAGUAACAACAGCAGUAUUUGCCAGUAAUGACCGUGUUAUAUCUGGUAGUGAUGAUAGACGAACCAAGAUCUGGGAUUUACGUAAUAUGAGAUCACCAAUAGCAACCAUACAAUGUGAUUCCGCUAUCAAUAGACUAUCUGUUUGUGAAACAACUCAGAUUAUAGCUAUACCACAAGACAAUCGACAUGUUAAACUAUGUGAUAUUAACGGUAAUAGAAUCGGACGUCUUCCACGCUCCAGUCGUCAGGGCCAUACGAGAAUGGUGACAUCUGUCAGUUGGGCAGUAGAUAACACUACUAACUUAUUUACCUGUGGAUUCGAUCGACAAGUUCUCGGCUGGCAGGUCUGGAUACAACCUAAAGAUAAAGAAUAAACAGAGGUCAAAUGUCAAAAUGUCAAGGUCAGAAUGUUGUAAAGGUCAGAGUGAGCCUCUUGAAAACAAUCCUUUGAUGAAUAGCUUUCAAAGAAAAUUUGAUUUUUUUUACUGUUGAUUUAUAGAUGUUAGCAUUUGGUAAAUCAGUCAAUCUGUGUUAGGAAAACGGAUCCAUUUUUUGAAUCAUGAGUUCACCUGAGAACCUCCAUUCCCCCUCCCCCCUUCAGAAUAUCUUUAAACCAUUGUGUUUUUUUUUGUAAUUUUGUCAUUAGACAAGAGUAAUUGCUCUAUUUGUAUAUAUAGUAUGUAUAAAUUAAACCCUGGGGCAAAAGAAUAAUGACCCCCCACCCCCACCCCCACAUCUAAAAAACCAGUAUUGAGGGGUAAAAUUUCCAAGAUAGUUGUAUCUUUCUACUUAUAUUUGCCCAUUCUGUUAUAUUGGUUAAUGGAUCCUCUCUCUAGAUACAGCUGUGUUUCAUGUAUAAUUAUCAAUUAUCAUGUUUGUCAAAACUGAACUCCUAUGACAGGUUUUGAGGAGAAACGUCUAAAGUAAUAUUGUAUAUGGCUUUGGUAGUAUUUAGCUAUUUUUUGUUAAGUGGUAAUUGACAUGUUCGCGCAGGUUUACUUUGUAUAUUAUAUCAUCAGUAUUUAUUAUUUAAUGUAUUUCAAGAUGCCAUGACCUAGGCCAUUGUUUCAAAAAUAUAUUUUACUGGGAAAGUGUCAAAACUCUAGAAUAGUUGACUGGAAUAGUCGAAUAGGAUUUCCUUUCAGAGAGUCCACAUAGCUAAUAAUGUUUAUUUGGUAUUUAGGUUUGUCUACUUGACAUCUCUUUCUGAGAGUCUACAUACCUAAUAAUGUAAACUUGGAAUGUGUUGACACUUAGCUUCUAUUUAUUAUUUGGUAUAUUUGUUAUCACACCAUCUUUCAAGAUGGUUGUAUGAUUAUGUGGUGAAGCUGGCUUGUUUUAAAUCUUUUAAGUUUAAUUUCACAGAGUUACCGUUGUUUGGGCUACAUGGAUUCUCUAGUUCCUUGAUGCCCGUGAGUUAGAAUCUCCAUUUAAUAAUGAACCAGGUGGUAGAUAGGAUCCUUGAGAACCCAAGUUGUUAAGGUUAGAAAAUCAUUACCAAG